GUUUUAGAAUAUUCAGCCUCGUACAAGCGACAAGCUACUCAGAUCACAGGACAAAAAUCUCCUGGACUUUAUGACGCAUCCAAUGCCGUUGAUGGAGAGGACGACACGUGCUCACAAACCGUCAAAACGCCCCACGACGCCUUACCAUGGUGGCAAGUUGACCUGGACGAGAAAGUCAACAUCACUUUCAUUCAAGUGAAGAAUUCUGGACGACAUCCGACGUCGUUCCGAGUGUAUGUUCGGUACGAUGUCGGCUCCGCAGGCAUGGCUUGUGGAGAUUUUCAUGUGUUUGCAGGAGAUGAAACGAGGAUUAUACGAUGUCAGCCAUUGUAUGGACGAUCCGUGAAGAUCGUUGGUAAAACGAAGCAAGAUUCUCUUUCUCUUUGUGAAGUCCAAGUGUUCAACGACUCAGGUUGGUUGACGUGAUUACUUUCGGUGUGCGAGGAAAUUUUGGUUCCGGAAAAAAUUUCCAAGAGCAACGCCCUUCGGUGAGCCAUUCACAAACAUACAACUUUCAUUAAUCAAUCAAUUAUAUUGCUGCAUAUAUUUUUUUACGCGCACAGUAUAUAAACAGGCCUCGUCGUUGAGUUGACAGCUGUUUAAGUUGUUUAGCAUGAACGAGAACAGUACUUACUUGGCCACCGAAGGGUGUGGAAAUUUGGUUAGGGGCCAAAACGACGAAGUGACCCAACAAAAUCGACAUUAGAAAAUCGGCUAGUAGGAGUCGAACCUGCGGCCCUGCGAAUUCGGUGCGGCACUUUAACCAACUGAGGAGCUACAGAGUCCAGUUGUCGAGCUGUAUAUACAGCAUAUACUAUAGUUGUAGUUUUCGCAAGUGCUCUGGUUAGGUCGAGAUAUAUGAAUGUAUAAAAGUUACGUUCGAAAUUUCCGUCUACAAAAUCCGUCAACAUUAUUUCAAUCGAGUUAGAUGCCAAAAAUCUUGAUAUUUACACAUUACAAAAUCGACUGCGUUCAUCUUGCUCCAAAUUUUGCCCCUGGCUGGAGUUCUGUCUGCCUGACAGGAUGGCUUCGGACCGAUUUUACCUGGUGUUGUGAACAAAGUUCGACAUCCUUGUUUUCUUUGUUUAUCAGAAUCAUUUGUGUACGGGAAUUUUGGGAACUGAUAUUUUUUGCUUCAGUCAAGGUAACGGAAGGCGUCACAUACGAUGUCUGGUUCAACAAGACAAAUCGUGGGUAUGAGUUUCUUAACAGCGACGUGGACAGUAGCGGCAUACUACAAACAUUUCAAGCCCCCAAGAACAUUUAUGAUCAUUAUGGUGUGAAAAUGAAAACGUAUUUCAAUGUAAGUAUUAGUAUAGGUAAUCAUGCGAUGGCGAGUACAAUUAGGGAUUAAUAGUACGGGUGAUAUUUGGAAAUCUGGCCAAAAUUGGACGAGCCGCAUAAUUGGAUAAGUACUUCUCAUUUCUCAAUGUCAACUUGCCAAAGCCCAGUCCUGCCAGACUUUCAACCAAAAUUUGGUGCUUUUGUUUGUAUUUUCAUUUAGUUCUUUUGUUCAAGCAAAAUUUGGUGCUAUUGUUCGUAUUUUCAUCUAGUUCCUCUACGGCAAUUUCAUUUCACAUUUCUGUUUAAAAUACCUUUCCGCCAUUUUGUUUGUUUUGGGAAAAUCAUUAAUUGUACUGCAGUACAAUUAAUGAAAUAAUUGUACUCCUCUCAACCAAUCAGCAUCCAGUAAUUUUGGCACGCUAAUAAUGAACACAGUAACACUGGUCCUUUUAAGCCCUCUAGUUAGGAUAUCCAAAUAUGGAGAUAUCCAGGGCGCUGUCCAUUUAAUGGCCAGACCGGUCAGACCAGAAUUUCUUUCUCUGUAUUAAUGGAAAGAUCUAGUCCUCGAAAAUCUGGCGAAAAUGGAUGUCCGUCAAAAUUGAUCCAAAUUUUCGGAUUAGAUUGGCCCAAAGGCCGGCCAAAUGUAUUGUGUUCCAUUCAACAGUGUGACUUUUCUGACCGGUCUCGCCGUGUUAAUGGAAAGCACUCCAGUUUAGGUUGAAUGGGUUUAGAUUUCCGCCUGUAGUUGAAAAUAAAUAUAUUACAUCAUGCCUAUACAUAGAAACUCGGAUGAAGGUUACAAAUGAUGAUUAACAUUAGAUGUGGUUUUUCCCAGGCGCCCGAAACUGGUUAUCAUAUAUUCAACAUGUCAGGAGACAAUAAAUGCGUUCUCUACAUCAGAAACGUCAGUGAUCCUAAUUAUGACGUAGUUGGUCGAAUACCACGUGACGACUCAGUACCAAGCUGGACGAGAUAUGAAUCUUGGGACCAGUAAGUGCAUAAAAUGUGAAGCUUGUAAACGACUUUGCGAAAAUAGGUUUCCGUGAGUUCUAAUUAUCAGUGGGCAUCGAAACUUCAAUCUAACAGAUAAAUUCCGAAUAAUUGGUUCUACUAGUCAAUUUUAAAAGUCUUGGGGUCAAAGGUUUUGACACUAAGAUUUUCAAAAUUGGUCUAUAAUAACCCAUUGGACCAUUGAAAUAAUGCAUCAGUACACUGCACUGUGUUGUGUUAAUUGUACUGUGUUGUACUGUACUAUACUGUUCUGUUCUGCGUAGUACUGUACUAUACUGUUCUGUGUAGUACUGUACUCUGUACUCUGUAAACUGUACUCUGUUCUCUGCAUCUACUCUACUCUACUCUACUCUACUCUACUCUUCUCUACUCUACUCUACUCUACUCUACUCUACUCUACUCUACUCUACUCUACUCUACUCUACUCUACUCUACUCUACUCUACUCUACUCUACUCUACUCUACUCUACUCUACUCUACUCUACUCUACUCUACUCUACUCUACUCUACUCUACUCUACUCUACUCUACUCUACUCUACUCUACUCUGCUCUGCUCUACUCUACUCUACUCUACUCUACUCUACUCUACUCUACUCUACUCUACUCUACUCUACUCUACUCUACUCUACUCUACUCUACUCUACUCUGUGCUGCACUGCGAUGCAAUGCAGUGUGCUGUUCUGUGUUCAGUGUGUUAUUCUCUUAAAUUAUACUAUCUUUUCUACGUUUAGAGCUUACUACAAACCAUAUCACUUAACCAAAGGCACAGUAUACGAACUGACAGCCCUCAUGGCUGAGACUGAUAAAAAAGAUCAUUUACGAGUUGGUGUGACUUUUCCCAAUGGUACUUUUGUGGGGCCGAUUAAUAGUAGAAUAUUUAUAAGUAAGUAAAAAGUAGGGGUGAUGUACUGUUGUACAAAAUAUUCUAACUGGAUAAAGAUCAGUUCAAAAUUUCUAAAUUAUCCGCUCUAGAGAAUCAAUGAGGAGCAUCUCUUAUUGAUCCAGUUUUACUCCACGAAAGGAAACCAAUUAAGCUAACUUCAUUUAUACUGAAUAGUUCUAUGAAGUCCAGUAUAUAAGAGAAAGGAUACGUAAACUAAACCAACUUUAUUUAUACCGGAUAGCUUUGUCAGUUCGAAACUGUUCACCCCAAAGUUAAAGUAUGAGACGUCUCAUGUGAUCCAGUGUUAUUACAUCAUGAGAUGAGUGAGGCGAACUUUUGAUCAGAGAGCUGCAUGUUAUGGAAAUAUAGGAAUCUAUAUAUCCUAGGUGGAUAUAUUAUGGAAAUAUAUGGGAAUCUAUAUAUCUUAGGUGGAUAUACAGGGUGUCCCAAAAAAAAUGUCCCUGUCAUAUUUGGUGGUAUUACUUCGCUAUAUUUAAAGAGCAUAUGACUCGAGAAUUGACGGUGUUAUAUUUUAAUCUAAUUUGAAAGAUAAUUGAAAACUGUAGGAUAACUUCUUUGCCAGAUUUUUGUUUUCUUGCUUCGUUUUGGAGAUAUUUCAUUUUGUAUGAUAUGCAAAGGACCAACUUUCUACGUCACACAUGCAUAAUAACUUUCUUUAAAAUGUUAUAUAAUUUUGUCACUAUCAAAUAAAUUCGCACAAAAUGAAUGAUGAGCACGAGAUUUGUCCACAGAACACCCAUCUAUAGGUUUUCUAAUGAUUUCGUUUAGUCACAUGAAAGAUAUACAGCUCUUAGAGCUAAAUCAUUAUGCAUAUGUGACGUAGAAAGUUGGUCCUUUGCAUAUCAUACAAUAUGAAAUAUCUCCAAAACGAAGCAAGAAAACAAAAAUCUGUCAAAGAAGUUACUCUACAGUUUUCAAUGAUUUUUCCAAUUAGACUAAAAUAUAACACCGUCACUUUUCGAGUCAUAUGCUCUUUAAUCAAGGUGGGUUGAAAAACAAUCAUAUUAUAUUAAUCGUAGUAUUUACAGCAUCUCACCAAAAGACUUAACCGUUCGGCUUCUAGAGAUACUUAAGGUGGCGACCUUACGUAUCUCUAGAAGAUGGUUUGCAACUCGUCCAAAUUACAGAAAUUAGGUUAAAAAUAAUGCAAACUUUGUAGAAGGAUUUCUAAAGUUUCUACCCACCUUUCUGCUCAAAAACAAAAUGUUUUUAUCUCUAUUAUUAAACUUUUGUUUCUUGUAGAAAUUAAUAAAAAAAGAUGAAAAAUCCCUGGCAAAUUGACUAAGGCAAAGCCUAAGGUUGGGAAAAUGCCUUAAAUUUGCUUUUUCCGUUCAAUUUGUUCCAUAAAAGAGGAAAUGUUGGAAUUUAAGCACUAGUCUUUACCCUUUUCUGGGGAUUGCUUCAUUAUUUUUACAGAAAAUUAAUUCGCGAUUUUGGCUACAACUAAUUACAAGUUUUAGAAAAGAUAUGUAGCCAUUUACCAUUAAAAUAUUUUAUUACGUUCCGUAAUAUGUUUAAACCUGAUAUCCACAAUUUGGACAAGUGGCAAUAUUGGUGUCGCCACCUUAAGUAACUCUAGAAGGCGAACGGUUAAAUAUUUUGGUGCGAAAAAAUGCAACGAUUAACGUAAUGUGUUCAUUGAUAAAAAAAAUGAAAAAAAUUGAAUAUUCGAUUACAGGUAACGAUGUAGUACCACAAAAUAUGAUAGGGGACAUUUUUUUGGGACACCUUGUACUAUGUCACCCCUACAGCUAAGGAGCAAAUUUGGUAAGAAAUGUUCACUCGUGUCUUUUUCUGUGCAAUCAUUUCACGAUAUCUUGUUUGUUCAUAGAUGAACAGGCUGCUCGUUCACUAACCAAGAACUCGUGUUCUCGAUCAGGUAGGAAAACUAUAACAUAGUUAACAACUACAAUAGUCCCACGAAUAUAUCGUCGUGAAUUAUUAAUCAGGCCGAUAGGUUUUUGUUUUUUUAUAUAAUAUUUUCUUGUUCAGAUGGCACCAUUAUGCUUUCUACUUCCACUUCUACGUCGACUUCUACGCCAACUUCUACUUCUCGUUCUUUUCCAACAAAGCCAACAGAUCGUCAACACAUCGAGGUAUGUCUAAGCUUUUUCGAUAUGUUUGAGUUCUUAUUAUUUUCAAGUUAAAAGCCCUAAAAAACUUCUAAAUGUUUUGUUUGAGAUUUUAUUCCCUAUUUUUACAUCGUUAUUGUUAAAUGUGUUUUUCGAACUGUGUCUCAUAGCCUGUCGGCUUCAAAAGGAACUUUUUUUCUUUGAUCAAAUUUCUCAUUAUUUCCCGUUUGUCUUUCAUUUCUGGUUUCUCGUUCGCUCUUCUCACAACGUUUACGAUAAGAAAAGAUUCCAUAUACAAAAUCCUUAGUUCAAUCGAGUGAGAUGCCAAAAUCAUACAUACUUACUCAUACACCAUACUAUGGCACCACCCUAGUAGUAUAUACGCAUGCACUUAUGGCUAGAGCUCAACAAAUGGACUCUGUAUAUUAAUCAAAAUUUUGAACUCAACAAGUUUAAAACAGCAGCGAUUGAUACAACGGGUGGAAAGCGUAAUUUAAAAAUGAAAAUUAAAGUCCAGCAAAUGACUUUCAGACAAGACAUAACAAAAAUAUAAAAUUUAUUGGCUAACGUUUCGUUGUAUUGUUCACAACAUCUUCAGAGCAAUUAAACUUAUACCACUUCCGUGCGUAAUACAAAAUGACUAUAUUAUCCGCAUUUUAUACAACAUUUUGCAACGAGACUUUGGAAUAUUACUAAUUUUGUGAUGUUCUUUCAAGCUGUGAUGAAAUUUUUGUUUAGGCUAUAAAAUGACUGAAAAUUGCAAAUUUUGCAAGGCUAUAUUAUUUUCAUUUUACAACAUUUCGCAACGAAACUUUGGAUUAACAUUACUAAUUUUGUGAUGUUCUUUCAAGCUGUGAUGAAAUUUUUGUUCAGGCUUGUUGAGAUCAAAAUUUUGGAAAAGUGGUGACCGUUUUCCGCUCGUAAUGCAAAAUGACUGAAAAUUACAAACUUCACAGGGCUAUAUUAUUCUCAUUUUACAACAUUUCGCAACGAAACUUUGCAACAUUACUAAUUUUGUGAUGCUCUUUCAUGCUGUGAUAGAAUUUUGUCUAGACUUGUUGAGAUCAACAUUUUGGUUAAUUGAGAAUUGGUCCAUUGGGGUCAGGUCUAAAUAAAUGUAUAAAAUUUACACUAACUAAAAACGUAGACUACUUGUGUUGUUCUUUGUUUAGACUGGAAUUUCUACUGCUAUUGAUCUGUUUAGGAACGGAAAAUAUAAAAAAUCGAAGGUUGGAAUAACUGUGUUCUUCUAAAAUGACAAUAAUUUCAUAUUCCAUAAUUACCGCAUGAAAAGUAUAUUCCGUAAAUCGUAAAUAAGUACUAACUUUGUAAAAAGCAUUUCAUUAACUUUCUUAAAAUUUUAGUUUCAGUUGUUGACUGAGCUAGAGCGACUUGGAUUCGAGAUAGGCAAGAACAUGUCGCUCAACAAAAGGCCUUUUGCUUCGUAUGUUGUGCGCGUUAAAAGUUUUGGUACGUCUUUUAUUUAAAAUCUUAAUAGUAUAACGUUAAUACAUUAUUUCACAGCGUGUGAGCGUCUUAAUUUUUUUAACAGCCAAAACUCAAACUUUUUCAUUUUCUUCCUACUUUAGUUUUUGCUGCUGUUUCUAUGAAUUUGGAUACACAUGAUGGCUUUAACUUUCCUGGAAGUUUGGAGAACUUUUCAUUGCCGGAUUACGACAGCAUUAGUUUCCCAGAAAGAGCAUUUCCGCCAGGCAUAGGUAAGCUAGAUGUUUUGCACCUUUCCUAAAAAAUCAUGCACUUCCCGGGUAAGGUUAAUGAAAUGAUAACAACAACAACGACAUCGACAACAACGACAACAAUGACAACAACAACAACAACAACAACGACGACAACAACAACAACAACAACAACAACAACAACAACAACAACAACAACAACAACAACAACAACAACAACAACAACAACAACAACAACAACAACAAAUGUUUAUUUACCUACAUAUAAAUAGUUACACAAAGAUUUUAACAUGAUAUUUAAAAGUGUAGAGGCUUCCCAAAACAAGUAAAAAAGUUAGGAAGUCAGGAAACUUAAAUUAAGUUGCAUUACAGGACGAAGAUACACUACACAUACAUAUACAAGUUCUACCACAGCUUUAAUUACAAAAAUUGAAACGAGUGAAAAUUUGACAACUUUUUAUCCACCAAAAUCUGGCCUUGAGAUGAAAUUAUAUUUCUACCCGUAAAAGGACGUAGAACGGCUGUAUUCAUGAUGUUCAAGCCAUUGCAAGAAAUGCUGGAACAGACUGGCCACAAAGAAAAUCAUCUCUUAAACAACAUAGUCAGCGCGUCCAUGGAAGAUGAAAUUUGGAAAGACAUGAACAAGCCUUUUACGUUGGUUUUCAGAAAUACUAAGGUAUAACCAUGGAUAAUAAAAUAAAUGGAUAGGACUCUCGCUGACGUAAGCAAAAACAACCUAGUUGAAAUCUGUGACGUCACGCGUAUUGCAAAGUUCUCUGCAUUUUUGUUGUUUCGCUAUAUUUUCCGCCUUAAAAGAGUAAUAUUGAAGCAUAAACCGGUCUAAUUGUUUUAAAAACAUGCCUAAGCCACGACAAAGUAUUCCAUGUAAAUGUUUUUCGUCUUUGUUUUGUAUUUUUUUACAUUUGUAGCUACGAAAUUGGCGUCCCCAAUUUUAACGAAAUUUGGGAUGCCUUUUUCACUGUUUAGUGCUUGAAAUAUUUGCUAAAAUUGACUGGGAAUACUUAGCGAUUUCAUCAUAGAAUGGCGUAGUUAUAUUCAUUUGCUCUUUGACUAAAAUGUUUAGCUGUAUUAUUGAUAAACAUGCCGUUUUUGAGAAUUUGGUUUGCAACUAGGUUUCAACAUCCAAUCACGCCAUCAGCCCAUUGAAAACAUUAGGUCACGUCAGCUAGUUUCCUAUCCAUUUAUUUUAUUAUCCAUGGUAUAACUAUCUAUUAAUUAUCGGUAGUGGGUUUGAAUCACUGAACUAUACUAUACUACAUGGUCAACUAGCACCAGUGGCGUCAGCAAACGUGAAAAUCCGCCAUGUUUUUAGCUGUUUUUGCCGACACUUCUUUGAUUUAAGUUAGCCCAUUAUGGUUAUUUAAGCAUGUCUUGCAAUUAUUUUCCUGUUGAGUGUGAUAAAAAAAAACCCUGCAAAUGCUUAUAUAGACUGUCGAGAGGUAGGAGCAGGUCCUCCAGCAAUAUAGUAAAGCUCAGUGGUUUGAAUAUGGUGAGAUUCUUGUCGUAUCCCGACCAAUGUUAAUCGGAUGUCCGAAUGCUCCUGGUUAGGCCCUCCAAAGGCCCGUUUAUACACUUGCAAUUUCUGCUGCGAUUCUAAGUGCGAUUUUCUUCUUCUGAUGGAUGUGAACGAGUGGAUGAGUUAUGAAUGUUCAGAUGAGGGUACAUCAAUGAGACAUACGCCUGUAUUCUAGGGAUGGGCCGAUAUCGAUACCAAAUACUCGAUACUAUCGAUACCAGGGUUUUGAAGAAAAGUAUCGAUACUGGCAAGAAAUAUCGAUGUUUCGAUAUUUCUGCGCCCGCGAUAUUUUUCAUUUUGGUCAGCGGCAUCAUCAUGAAAAUGAUACCAAAAAGCCUAAAUAGGCGUAAAUAGUUAAUUUUCUAUAGUGCUAUAAUGGUCCACGGGAAGGAUGGGAGUUUCUGGUUAUGUUGGUUGCAAUCACUGACAUAUAUUAUUCAAUGUUUAUAUUGUUAGCGUUGUGGCCGUUGUUAAUGAUUUCAAGUUGGGAAAAUAUCGAUAUCGGUAUCGAUAUCGGAAAAAAACGGCAAAUAUCGAGCAAAUAUCGUAUCGAAUGAAAAAGCUGGUAUCGCCCAUCCCUACUGUAUUCUAAAAGCUCACUCACACUCAAUGAGUGGAGGUUCAAUCUGAGCUUCUCUCGAGUGUCAAUGCUGUUUUUGAAAAACUGGAGGGUGAGUAGUCACAUAGUAAGGUAUGACACUAACCCUCCAGCUAUUCAAAAAUAACAACGAUACUCGAGAGAAGCUCAGAUUGGACUUCCACUCAUUGACUGUGAGUGUGAGUGAGCUUUUAGAAUACGGGUGAUAUACUCGGAACAUUCAUAACUUAUUUAAUCGCACAAGAAAUCGAAGCAAAAAAUUGCAAGUGUAAACGGGCGUCAAGAAAUGUAUAAAAUUUACAUUCGAGAUUUCAAUCCACAAAACCUUUCUAGAAAUAGUUCUGUCGAGUGAUAUUUGCGAGAACGUACGAUUGUACCAAAUCCAGGAUGGUUAUAUGGCAGAUAAACGUUCUUACGAUCAAGCAGCAGCAGUAAAUUGUUUGUGAAUAGGAGCUGUACCGCAGCUUGAUCAAGAUAUCUAUAUACAUAUAUUCAUAUUGAAUAGAGUAGGAUAUAUAUAUAACCUCGCUUUUAAAGCAGUGAUUUUGUCAACAUGGUUAAUUUUUUUGUUAAGGUUCCUAUCAAUGGGCAAAGCCACUGUGUGUUCUGGAUCGAAGAUUCACAGUAAGUGUCAGUCUGAAUGAGCCGUUGGUAUAACAGGGGUUAGUGAGAUAAUCGCCUGUAUUCUAAAACUCACUCACACUCAAAGAGUGGAGGUUCAAUGUGAGCUUCCCUUGAGUGUCGAUGCUGUUUUUGAAUAGCUGGAGGGUGAGUACUAGUAAGGUACGACACCAACCCUACAUCUCUUCAAAAACAGCAUUGACACUCAAGGGAAGCUCAGAUUGAACCUCCACUCUUUGAGUGUGAGUGAGCUUUUAGAACACAGGCGAAUAAGAUCACCUCCUUCCAGUGUGAAAUUAUUUCCAGUUUGACUCUAUAAAGCACCACAGAUGUUAUUUUUAUGUUUUUACCCUAUGAUAAAUAAAUUUAAUGCAACUUAAGGAGUGCAUUUAUGUUUACCAGGUAUAAAAAAGAUGGCAAAUUUGGUCGCUGGUCAGAUGAUGGUUGCUCUCUCGUUGACAAAAAUGAGACGCAUACGACAUGUCAGUGUAAACACUUGACCAAGUUUACUGUUUUGUUUCCAGUCCAGGAAGUAAGUAGUAAGGACUGAUAUGUUUGAAGCCAGGAUAUUUAUGAUGAGUAGGUUUCCAAUAGAAUCUAGAGUAUAGGAGGUUAUAAAUCCCUAUAUUCUUGAGUGAAAUUACCAUGAUGUAAAGAGUUUGAGAUAACUCGUCAUGUUUGUGUUCUCCAUAUUCGCCAGGGCUCAGAAGAAGACGAGAUGAAACUGGAGUUGAUAACCUAUGUUGGAUUGUCUUUAUCAUCCGUUGGGUGUCUUAUCACAUUUGUUGUUUAUCUUAUAUUGAGGUGGGUUGUACUGAACUAAACUAAAGUAAACAACACAACACAACACAACACAACACAACACAACACAACACAACACAACACAACACAACACAAUACAAUACAAUACAAUACAAUACAAUACUGUAUACAAUACCAAACCCGACCAGACCAAACCAAACCAAACCAAACCAAACCAAGCCUAACCAAAGCAGACCAGACCAAACCAAACCAAACCAAACUAAAUCAAGCCAAACCGGACCAAAUCAGACAAACCAAAUCAAAUCAAACAAAACAAAACCAAAUCGGACCAAACCAAACCAAACCAGACUAAACUAAACCAAACCAAACCAAACCAAACCAAAUCAGACCAAACCAAACCAAACCAAACCAUAUCAAACCAAACCAAACCAAACCAAACCAAAUCAAACCAAACCAAACCAAACCAAACCAAACCAAACCAACUGUAUUUUUUCUGGAUAACUCUAUCAGUUUUGUUUACUAUCUUUUCCUUGUUAAACCAUAGAAUCACAAAAACGUUAAAGACAAUUGUUCAUCUGAAUCUUGUCCUUGCAUUGGGUCUCGCUGACUUAGUAUUUCUCUUUGGAAACUUCGCUGAAAAUCACAGAGUAAGUGCCAACAUUUUCUUGACUAAAAACGUUUAUUUAUACUGGACAGCUCUAUCAAUCUAAAUUCCUAGAAACCCAGGAACGAUCAACUCUCAUUAGUCGAGAUAUGAUCUAUGUACUAUUUAAAACACAAGCAGGAGUGCUUUAUCAGAUAUGUGUGAUGAGUAAGUUAAUUGGCGAAUAAAAAUAAACGUUGUCUAACCCGAGAACAUCAAAGCUAAAGUUUAUAUAAAUGAACAUGAUUUUUGUAUAAGUGGCAUUAAACUGUAUAGGCAAAAUCAUCAUUAGAGACUUUCACAAACUUCUAUACCAUGCACCAACACAGAUUCAUACACAUGUAUCAGUACGUAUUGAAUUUAAGCAUUACACUCGUAAAAACACACAAGUUGUAACAAACCUGCAGCAGACUUGUAUCAAUGCUGUUCCAACAACUUGUCAACAGUAUGUGUUCGCACUGCUCGUUCCCAGCUUGUUGACAAGUUGUUGGCAACUUUCUACAAGGUUGUUGAGCUCAACAGACUUGUUACAAGUUGUUCCAACAACUUGUUAUCGUCCUGCAAUUCAACAACUUGUUAACAAGUUGUGAGUGACAAGCUUGUAGCAACCUGACAAACUAACAACAUUGUUACAACUUGUUGACAAGUUGCUACAAGCUUGUUGCGAACACAUCUCGUACACAAGUUGUGAGAUUUUUACGUGUGCUGUGUGCACUAGAAGAAUAAUCCCGGGUGGAAAGAAUAAUCGCACUGCUCACACUUAUGAUUGACAGACAUCUUUCCCCGAAUUUAAAACCAUGCAUGGCCACUAUAUGUAGUACAGUAUAUUUAGGCCGAUUUGAGCCGGAAAAUACUCAGUUGGUAUAUACAUGAAAUUUUUUGUCUUCAUGUUGUAUUUCCAGAGAAGGAAUUUUUUUCCAUGCUUAGAAAUAAUUUUUGUAUUUUUCAGGAUAUUUGUUUUGCUUCAACCGUCCUCGCAUUCUAUCUAUACCUUGCUGUAUUCGCAUGGAUGUUGGUGGAGGGAAUCCAUCUGUAUUUCCUGGUCAUCCGAGUGUUUGGUAGAGAUGAACAUCGAAGGAGAAAAUACUAUCACAUCAUUGGAUGGGGUAAGAAAUACCUCAGUCUAAACGUGUAUAGAAAUUUAUACGUACGAAAAUUUCAUGUACAAAAACGCAUUAGUUCAAUCGAACGAGAUGCCCAAAAUCUCGAUAUUUAUUACCCGUAUACCUUAAAUAAUUCUUCUUGCAUUGUUUAAAUAACUCAAAUAUCGUGAGUUUACAAGAUGUUAAUUUUCAUAUUAUAAUUUAAUAUACUACAGGUGCUCCAGCAGUUGUUGUUCUAAUAACAGCAGGAAUACUUCGAUAUGACUUAAUGUCUGAAAAACAGUAAGUACACUUCGUGAUAUGCACGUUUAUGUCAAGUCAUACCAUUUACCAUCCAUUCUUUAUAAAGUUUAUAGAUAAUAAUUUGAUUACCUUAUAUUUACAAUUAUAUUUACAAUAAAUUUUUAGUUGUUGGUUGUCCACAAAGUCAGCAUCAAUCUGGGUUUUCAUUGGACCAGCAUUAUUUGUAAUACUUGUGAGUAAAAAACUAAACCUGUUGUCAUAUAACGUUAUGCUGGAUUGAUUGACUUGGUUUAGGAUUUAAUUCUAUCACUAUGUAUUUUCUUUUUUUCUAGGUAAAUACUUUAAUUUUAGCAGCUGUUUUAAGAACAACGAUGACCUUGUUGCGAAAUGAUCCCGGACAUCGAAAAGAGAAGUAUAAGAAAUUAAAUUUUGUAGCAGUCCCCUCACUCACCACCUCGUCCCCUGUCUGCACUAGCGAACUUAAGCAAGGCGUAAUCCUGUAUACGGGACAUGACAAGAAGCAGCCCUCUGGCAUACACAUCGUACAUUGGCAUCAUUUUAGUAUUUAUACAUGAACUUGUGGUUAGAGCACGACAACUGUCUCUCUGUAGCUCAGUUGGUUAGAGCUCGACAACUGUUUCUCUGUAGCACAGUUAGUUAGAGCUCGGCAACUGUCUCUCUGUAGCUCAGUUGGUUAGAGCUCGACAACUGUCUCUCUGUAACUCAGUUGGUUAGAGCUCGAUAACUGUCUCUCUGUAGCUCAGUUGGUUAGAGCUCGACAACUGUCUGUCUGUAGCUCAGUUGGUUAGAGCUCGACAACUGUCUCUCUGUAGCUCAGUUGGUUAGAGCUCGACAACUGUCUUUCUGUAUAGCUCAGUUGGUUAGAUCUCGACGACUGUCUCUCUGUAGCUCAGUUGGUUAGAGCUCGACAACUGUCUCUCUGUAGUUCAGUUGGUUAGAGCUCGACAACUGUCUCUCUGUAGCUCAGUUGGUUAGAACUCAACAACUGUCUCCCUGUAGCUCAGUUGGUUAGAGCUCGACAAUUGUCUCUCUGUAGUUCAGUUGGUUAGAGCUCGACAACUGUCUCUCUGUAUAGCUCAGUUGGUUAGAGCUUGACAACUGUCUCUCUGUAACUCAGUUGGUUAGAGCUCGACAACUGUCUCUCUGUAACUCAGUUGGUUAGAGUUCGACAACUGUCUCUCUGUAGCUCAGUUGGUUAGAGCUCGACAACUGUCUCUCUGUAUAGCUCAGUUGGUUAGAGCUCGACAACUGUUUCUCUGUAGCUCAGUUGGUUAGAGCUUGACAACUGUCUCUCUGUAACUCAGUUGGUUAGAACUCGACAACUGUAACUCAGUUGGUUAGAGUUCGACAACUGUCUGUCUGUAGCUCAGUUGGUUAGAGCUCGACAACUGUCUCUCUGUAGCUCAGUUGGUUAGAGCUCGACAACUGUUUCUCUGUAGCUCAGUUGGUUAGAGCUCGACAACUGUCUCUCUGUAGCUCAGUUGGUUAGAGCUCGACAACUGUCUCUCUGUAGCUCAGUUGGUUAGAGCUCGACAACUGUCUCUCUGUAGCUCAGUUGGUUAGAGCUCGACAACUGUCUCUCUGUAGCUCAGUUGGUUAGAGCUCGACAACUGUCUCUCUGUGACUCAGUUGGUUAGAGCUUGACAACUGUCUCUCUGUAGCUCAGUUGGUUAGAGCUCGACAACUGUCUCUCUGUAGCUCAGUUGGUUAGAGCUCGACAACUGUCUCUCUGUAGCUCAGUUGGUUAGAGCUCGACAACUGUUUCUCUGUAGCUCAGUUGGUUAGAGCUCGACAACUGUCUCUUUGUAGCUCAGUUGGUUAGAGCUUGACAACUGUCUCUCUGUAGCUCAGUUGGUUCGAGCUCGACAACUGUCUCUCUGUAGCUUAGUUGGUUAGAGCUCGACAACUGUCUCUCUGUAGCUCAGUUGGUUAGAGCUCGACAACUGUUUCUCUGUAGCUCAGUUGGUUAGAGCUUGACAACUGUCUCUCUGUAGCUCAGUUGGUUAGAGCUCGACAACUGUCUCUCUGUAGCUCAGUUGGUUACAGCUCAACAACUGUCUCUCUGUAGCUCAGUUGGUUAGAGCUCGACAACUGUCUCUCUGUAGCUCAGUUGGUUAGAGCUCGACAACUGUUUCUCUGUAGCUCAGUUGGCUAGAGCUCGACAACUGUCUCUUUGUAGCUCAGUUGGUUAGAGCUCGACAACUGUUUCUCUGUAGCUCAGUUGGCUAGAGCUCGACAACUGUUUCUCUGUAGCUCAGUUGGUUAGAGCUCGACAACUGUCUCUCUGUAACUCAGUUGGUUAGAGCUCGACAACUGUCUCUCUGUAGCUCAGUUGGUUAGAGCUCGACAACUGUCUCUCUGUAUAGCUCAGUUGGUUAGAGCUCAACAACUGUUUCUCUGUAGCUCAGUUGGUUAGAGCUCGACGACUGUCUCUCUGUAUAGCUCAGUUGGUUAGAGCUCAACAACUGUUUCUCUGUAGCUCAGUUGGUUAGAGCUCAACAACUGUCUCUCUGUAGCUCAGUUGGUUAGAGCUCGACAACUGUCUCUCUGUAUAGCUCAGUUGGUUAGAGCUCAACAACUCAGUGUUUCUCUCUAGCUCAGUUGGUUAGAGCUCGACAACUGUCUCUCUGUAGCUCAGUUGAUUAGAGCUUGACAACUGUCUCUCUGUAGCUCAGUUGGUUAGAUCUCGACAACUGUCUCUCUGUAGCUCAGUUGGUUAGAGCUCGACAACUGUCUCUCUGUAGCUCAGUUGAUGAGAGCUUGACAACUGUCUUUCUGUAGCUCAGUUGAUUAGAGCUUGACAACUGUUUCUCUGUAGCUCAGUUGGUUAGAUCUCGACAACUGUCUCUCUGUAGCUCAGUUGGUUAGAGCGCUGCACCGAAAUCGCAGGGCCGCAGGUUUGAUUCCUGCCAGAGGGACUAUAGUUUCAUUUUUUGCAACUGCUCCGGGUUAGGUCUAGCAUAAAUGUAUAGAAAAUCCACUCUGAAUUGAAUUCCAUACGUCGACGUCCUAUGCUUUGCCGUCCUACGCGCUUAAUGACCCUACUGUCUUCAUUUAUUAAUCGACCGAAAAUAUGACUAUCAGACCAAUGAACGGUUUUAUAGAUUUUCGCGUCGAAGUGGAACUAAAAUCUCGGUUUUCUGAUGUGUUUCAGAUCAGCAAUGCGUACUCUGGCAAUGCUUGUUCCAAUCCUUGGGACGACCUGGAUUUUUGGUAUUGUGGCGUUCGCUCAUGAUUCUAUAAUUUUUCAAUAUAUUUUUGCUGUAUGUAAUGCAUUUCAGGUGAGUUUAUGACAUGUGAUAGUUUAUGAUAGAAUUGCUGGGCGAUAUUUGAAAAAUCAUCUAAGACUUUUUAUUUUCUGGUUUUACAGGGCUUUUUCAUAUUCAUUCUUUACUGUUUAUUUAACACGGAGGUAUGUUUUUCUUUUUAUCUACCCCAUACCGUAUAGUUAGAAUAUUUUUUUUUUGAAAGGCAUUUUUUACCCAUGCUUGACUAUGAUCGCUCUUUAGGUACGUCAUGAGUAUCAGAGAAAACGGAAGGCGUGGAAAACCGAGAGGGAAUUGGAUUCUAAACGAUCACCACAGAAUAAUUCAUUCGAUUUAUGAGCAUAACAACAGAAAAUGCGAAUUGAUAUGGCGGACGAAAGUAGCCGAAUUAGAGGCACAGAAUUAUUCUUAUGCUGGCGACAUUGGAUGUGAAUCAAUAGCAACGGACAUAAACAUUCGUAAUAGCUGACGAUCCUCGAAUGGUCAAUUUUGUUGGGCCGGAACAUGUUGUGAACGAAUUUACAAAUAAGGGAUUUUAGGGACAGAUAAGGACUUUUGAAUACAUUUUAACAAAGUUUCCUUUAUGUCCAUAAUUCACACUGCUAUCCAUCUACAAUCACUUUCAAAAGUUGUUGGGACACUUGUGGUUAUAUAGAUCAUUAUUCCAUCAAUGCAACUUAUUAUAGGCUACACAUGUGUAUCACCCGGCCCUAUAUCCCCAAUCAAUGUUGUUUUCCCAAUCCAGACACUAUCUAUAGCUCAUCAAAAUAAGGUGACACCUGGGACACAACAUUAAAUAAGGGCGCGGGGGACCAAAAUUUGUUGAAAUUAUAGGUUUUGGGGGAUAUCUGUCCCAAACACAUUGAAAAUGAUUGUAUAUAAUAUACAUUUAUCUAUCCAGCAUUCCAGUUGUGUGCUGGCUUUUUCCCAAAUUGUAUAUACACUGUAUUAUUCUGAUUGUGUCUUGGUUUGCGAAAUGCUAUAAAGAGUGAUCGAUUUCAUAUAAUAAAGGAAGUAGUAUAGUUUCGCUUACCUUAAGUCAAGGCGCCAGUACAGCGUAACCCUAGACAUCAUGCAUAUAGCUUCUAAUUCUAAAGAGUAAAGAUUCAAUACGUCAUCAAGAAAUUCGUAUAUAUGUGCAUUUCAUAAACUAUAUACAGCAGCAUUCGGGUCGGGGUUGUAUAUAUUAACUGUGUGCAUGCUGUAUAAUGAAAAUACUGGUUAUAUAGUCGUGGGAACCUUGAAAAAAUAAUAUAUAUUAUAUUUUAGUCUGUAUAUUGUCUUUAAAGGUGAUGUAAAGUCCGUAAUGUAAACAAACGCUUUGUUUACAUUUUGAACUCACUGCUACAGUUGUAAAAUAUGAUUAGAUAUAUAUUAUACUGAAUUUUUAACACUUUUCUGGUUCGUUAUGCUUGUAAAUGAAUACAGACUAGAGAUUCAAUUCAAGAAAGUUCGGAAGGUGCGAAAUAUUAACAACAUUCCAAAGGUUGCUCCCCCACUGAUGGAAUGUUUUGAUGCGCAGAAUAUAUGCGCAGAACGGACUUUACCGCAUCUUUAAUCAUUCACUAUCAUGAAAACGCUCCAAUGAAGGAAAUAUCCACUGAAAAGCGUCUUUUUACUAAAAUAAGCACUAAAUAUAUAGAGUCUUGG